UUUAGAAUGAGUUCCAUCGAAUGAUCGAACGUGCUGUGCUGUUACUCCUACUCAGUAAAUAACACGUGAAUCAUGAUCGUUCGACACUUUUUUCCAGUUAUUUCCUAUGUUAUUUAGUUCGGUCAUGUCAUCGAGUAAAAAACCCCGAAAGUCAGUUCCAGAACUGCAACCAAGAUAUGUGGACAGUGAUGGAAACAGUGUAGAUUUGUCUAAAGCGAUGUGGAUGACUAAAAUAACUUUGCCAUACAUUGACAUCCAAGAAAUUUAUCGGAAGAUUCAAGACGAGGUUGUUCUAAAGAUUUUGCCAAAUGGUACCAAAAGCUUAUUACGAGUCAACUGCACGAAUAAUACCUUGCAGUGAGGAAAAGAUUUCUUGUGACAUUUCAUACUGUCAGAUUUUGUACAGAUAAAUUUAAUUUCUAUUUUAUCACAUAUGGAAAGAGGUAGUGCUCAAUUCUCUGCUGCAAUGUGAGCAUCUGUUUUCAAAAAAUACAAAAAAGUGAGACGAAAGAGCAGUGAAUCAAGU